AAAAAAAAAUAGAGUUUAACUUAUAUCCUACAUGAUUAAGAACGAAACUUAACAUUAUCAAAUUAUGUUUCUGGCCAUGACAGACCUUUGUAUUUCAAGCGUCCUUUAAUUCCCUAAUUAGCUGAUGUAACAUUACAUAUAUCAAAGCCUCCUUAAGUCUAAAUAGCUAAUUCUUUAAAAGGAUAAAACUUAGUUAUUAAUAACGAAAUAUAAAAUCAAAAAACUCGAGAUGUUAUUAUUUAGACUGAUUAUAGAGAAAAUGAUACCUAAACUGACCCUUAUACACCUAAAGGCAUUGUUAGAGAUGGUGAUUAACCUGAAGUUUUGGAUUUAUAGUAUUUAAAAUGGGGUAAAGGACUUCCCACUUGUAUUGAUGAGUUAGAUUAGAUAGAAUUAAAUAGGGAAAAAGUUUGGUUUGAGAAUUCUCUUCCGCCAAUAUCGGAUGAGGCGUCUUUUAAUUUAAGAAGAAAAUUAAUGGAAGAAUAGGAAUUAAGGGAAUGGUCUAAAAAAGAAAAUGAAAUAAAGAAAUUUCAAAACGAAAAACUUUAUUUACUUCAAUAAGCUUUAAUUGAAAGGGAAAAGGAAGUGGAAGAUAAAAACUAGGAAAGAAUAGAGGAAAUUAGAUAAAAAAAAACUGAAAAUAAAAAUAGAUAAAUAGCAAAGAUUUAAAGAAAAAAAAUAAAAAUAGAUCGAAAAAUGACCAAAAGUAGGAAAAAUUAAGGAACUGAUACUUAAAAAAGGAAUAUUAUUGAAGAUUAUGCUGAUUUUGCAUCUAGAGUAUAUGCAGGAAUUACACGAGAAGGACUUUCUUUAGAUAAAAUAGCUAAUAAAUAUGAAGUUUAGCCUUUAGCUUUAGGAAAUUAUGUACUUUUAGAUUAAUUACAUUCAUUAAUUAAAAAAUCUGAAUUUGAUACUAAUGUUAAUUUGAAAUAAGAAAUGAAGGAAAUAUAAAAAAAAUAUACAAGACUAGAAAAUUAUCAUAGAGGUGAAUUAGCAAAAGCAUAAGCCGAAAUAGAUGGAUUUUUUCAAAAAAACAAUAAUAAAGUUACAUAAGAAAGAGAUAAAUAUUCAUUUAAAAAUUUCAAAAACAAAGUUCGUCCAUCAACCCCUACAUGGAAAUAUGAUAUUGAUUUUAAUCUAAUGGCAUCUUAAUAUCGUGAAAUAUAAGAUUAUAGAGGUAAAUUCGAAAAAGAUAAAAACGGGAAUCCUGUAAUAACAAUAAAUGGCAUUGCAGGUGUAAAAACACCUGUAUAAAUAAUGUAAGAAUCAGAUAAGAAAGAAACUGCGGUUUUAAUUUUAUAAAGACUUUUAAGAGGACGUUCUAUGUAAAAUAUAAUGUAUGAAGGAAAGAAAAAGAGAACUGCUUUAAUUGAAGAAUUACUCACUGUAGCUUUAAUUCAUGAUUUAGAAGAAGAUAAAGCUGAGGAAAUUCUAAUUUAAAAUCAUGAAUAAAAACUUAAAAAUGCUGCUUUGGAAAGUAUUCAAGGAGAGAUUAUUGCAGAAACUAUUGACUAGUUAUCAAAGGAGUUAUUAAGGAUAAAAUAGGAGAAAAAAAUUCAAUAAAUGGUCGAAAUUGCAGAAAAAGAUAGAAGAAUUAGAGAAAUAGAAGAAGCCGGGAAAAGAUAAGCUGAGGAAAUUUUAAGAAAUAGGGAAGAUGUGUUACAUUAUUAACUUAUUAGAGUACAUUAAGGUACUGUGGAUAGUUAUUUGGAUUAAAUUAUGUAAGAUUCUUUAGAUUAAACUUCUACUAGAUAAGCUAUUAUUAUGGCUAAUUUAAGAAAAAAAUAGUUUAAUUUACCAUUAGAAAAUUUCGAAAGAACUUAUAAUAAUAAUUAGACUAUUAUUAAAGAUUUAGUACAUUCUUUCCUUAUACCAAAUAUUUAGAGAUCUAAAUUAAAAAAUAAAUUUAAUUAGAAGAAAAAGAUUCAACGAAGCUGCUAAAAAUCUUUAUAAAAAACUAUUACUUAGGCUUCUAGUAAAUUAAAAUAAAUUCAAGAGGAAGAAAACUAAUAAUUAUGA